AUGUUCCCCUUCUAUAUGAGCUGCCUGUGCCCCAAACUGGACUCGUCACCCCACAGGGAGUGCCCAGGGCCCAGAGCAUUGAGCCCCCUUGGGGGCCAGGGCUGGCCCCCCUUCCCUGAGGCUUCUGCAAUAAAAUCCACUUCUAUUCCUCCUCAUGGACCCAGGCAUCCAGUCCCCUGGUCCCCUCCUAGGACCCAGACAUACACUUCUUGCCUUGCCUCCUUCCUAGAAUCCAGGCAUCCACUCCCUCAAUUCCUCCCCAAGAUCCCAGUCUCUCUCUGGCUCCCGCCCCUGGCUUUGAAGCCAGGAAGCCAAAGAGGAAAUGACUCUCCCAGUCUUGGCCCCCGCCCGCCCCGUUCUCACACCCCCCUCCCACCUCAGCUCCCCACCCCGCCCUGCCUGUCCCCACCAGGCCAAGGCCACCAGCUCCGGACCCCCCAGCUCCAAGCAGCCCCUACAGGAAGCUGGAGACCCCCUCCCCACACAUCUCAAUGCCAUCACUGCCCUCCCCUACAGAUGUCAGCUUCAGGCCAUUUCUACUUCCUCUUCCUCCUCCUGGGCUUGGCCCCGUCUUCAUGGACCCAAGGUACAUCGAUGGCCCCCUACUUAGACAUGGAGCAGAAGAACCAUUCAACCCCAUCUGAGGAGCCCCUUGCUUCAAGCUUAAGCACAGCUCUAAGCCCAACCACCUCAGAGCUCCAGCUGACUUCGAGGGAUCCCACCAUGGAUGGUGAGGACACAGGCCAAACCCAGCCGGAGGAUAAGAUGGAAACGACCUCAGCAAUGGGUAACUUGGAGCCUAGAACCGUGGCCAGCAGAACAAGCCCCCAGACUCCUUCCGUCUCUUCUGGUGAGGAGGAGUGGAAUCCCUUCAAAAGCAAUGAAUAUACGCUCCGAAAGAGGGGCUUAAUUGCAGCUGCUGUACUCUUCAUCACAGGCAUCCUCAUCCUCACCAGACCCGACCCCAUGAGUGGGAUUUACUUUCUGGUUGUCACCCAAUUCCUCUCAGGCGAUCGGUGCCGCCACUUCCGCUGGUGCAGAAGGCAGCAGCGAAGUGCCUACAGGGUGACCCAAGCCUGAGGUCCCAAACUCUAAUGGAGAGGUGCCAAAGGAACCGUAGCGGUGGAAGGAACCCCCAGACUCUGACCAACCCUGAGACUCAGGGAGCUCUGGGAAGAAAGUACCACUGACCAGCCCUUUGUGUGGCUUCUCAUCAUCAUAACCUCUUUCUCAAGAAGGCACCCCAAUUUCUAGGUCUCCCUGGUCUCUGACAUCCCCCCCGCCAAGAUCCCAAGUUUCUCAGCACUUAGCUUGGUACCAAACGCUCAAUAAACAUUUGCGGGACAAAUGGA